GCCAUCCGCAGCAUGGAGAACCGAUUGGCUCGUCAGGGCCUGCUUGCCGCCCCGGAGACGAUCCUGUCGUCUGGGAAACAGGGGAAGCAGGAAUGGGGAUUGUUCUAUGAUUUGCACGACAACUUCAUCGACGACACGGAGUUGGAAGCUGUGAAUGCCUAUCACACCCAGAAGCAGCAGAAGCAGAAGACAGGAGGCCGCGUCGAUGCAACCAAGAGAGCCGAGCUGGACUUACCCAGGCCUGCAGAGGCAACUACGCAGGAGGAGCAGGCCUUCCUGGCAGGCUUUCGGCUGACAGGUGGUGAGGUCUCCGGAACAUCCGAUGAGUCAAGCUGUGAGAGUGACGGGCAGAACUUCGAAGAUGUUGGCCUGCGCGGCAAUCCCUGGCGGCGAGAGGCUCGCGGCUGGCACUGGCAGCUGUCAGAGCUUCAGCAGGAACUCAUCCUUGUUGAUUCCAAGCCCUCCCUGGCGUCACCCAAAGAAGGUGAGAUUUCGAAUUCGGAAUUGACAGAGGAGGCAUGCCUAAAUCGAAUCAAAGCCGUGCUGACGGAAUUCUGCAGCACUGUUGGCGACAGCGCUGGGCGCUCCGCGCUGUGUGCACCCGAAAAGAUGGAAGAAGCAGUCGGAAAUCUUUGGCGAAGGCUGCCUCCACUGCUGCGAGUACCCCUGAAGCCGGAAGAGGCGACGGCGGGCUACAUUUCUGGAGGGUACAGCCGGAGGUUCAAGCGAUUUCAACUGAAGAACCUGGAGCCCAAGCUCCAGCAGCAGCGGAAAAUGUCGAGUCCAGAGCUGAACACUUUGGACGAUCACGUUGACCCGCUGGCUUGGUCCGCAGCAGAGGAGUUUGCGUGGUGCUGUUUCUGCUGGCGGCUCCUGAGCUCUACGUCGCCCACGUUGCGGAGAGCACGCUUCACCAGGCAGUGGCUGAAUGCCGUGCGUGGACCUCAAGAAGAGGCCUUUGAGCUGGCUCGAAGUGAGCUAGCCGCGCGCGUGCAGAAAGCCAUCAGUGCUCACGAGAGCAACGUGAGCACUGGGAAAGCAAAGGAUAUGUCAGGGGCCAGCUGGGUGGAGAAGGCGCUGAAGAAAGGCGCAUUGUCCUGGCCGGCGAUGGCGCUUCAAGCGCUCUGGCUGCGCAAGAUGCUGUGGCAGGAGCAGCGCCAGCGCAAAAAGGUCCACGCUGUAUUCCCGGACUCACACUCGGAUUUCUCCUCACGGAAGAGUGAGGUGAUCAAAGCGCAGCAGACGGCCCUCACUCAUUUCAUCAGAAACCAGUUCGAGCUCCUCAGCUUGAAGCUGAACAAGGAGAUUUUGGCCAAGGCUAUGGGCUACCGCACGCAAGCAAUUGCCAAAGCACAAGGGCGACAGCCGAAAAAGGAGGAGUUGAAGAAGGAAGAGGCAAGCAAACCUGCUAAGUCGAAGCCGGCAGUGCAGCCAGAGGGAAAGUUCACUGUGGGGCAGUGGGUGGAAGUCCUUCGGCAUCACAAAGAACGGCCGGGCUUCGGCAGGAAUGCCGUUGUUGAAGCUCUUCCCGAAGUCCAACAAGGUUCUGUCAAGGAGGUUCAAGUUCGAACGCCCGACGGUGAAAUGGAGGUCGUUUCGAUAAAGAAGCUGCGAAGCGCUCACCUCUGGAAGCAAGGUGAGCGCGUCGAGGCCAAAAUCGAAGGAACAUGGCUGGAGGCUAACAUUGCUGCUGACAUGCCCAAGGAGGCUGACGCGACCUCCAAGACUCCAGUUGCAGUUGUUCUCGUGAACGGCCAGGCAGCUACGACCACGAAGGCUACAGUCGACUUUCAGCAUGUGCGACGCUUCGUUGCGGCCAGAUCACGGGACAUCAUUCAAGUCAACUGA